CAGGCGUCCGGCCCCUCCCCCCCCCGCGUGACGUAGGCGGUGACGCCACCGAUGACAAUGGAGGGCGAGUCCCCGUCGGCCCCCGACUUCCCGGAGGAGGGUGACAGCAACGGGCCCUUCCCGCUGGAGGAGCCCGAGGCCACCAGCUCCCCACCGCCGGGACCCGCCGCCGCCGCCGCGCCGCCGGAAGAGGAAGAGGAGGAAGAGGAGGGGGGCGGGGAGGCCGCCCCCCCCCGGCCCUACCGUUGCGGCGAGUGCGGCAAAACCUUCGCCCAAAGCUCCAACCUGCUGAAACACCGGCGGGUGCACACGGGGGAACGGCCCUACCGUUGCGGCGAGUGCGGCAAAGCCUUCGGUUGGAGUUCCUCCCUCUUGGAACACCGCAAAGGCCACGCCGGCGCCAAACCCCACGCCUGCGGCGAAUGCGGCAAAACCUUCAGCCGCGGUUCCACCCUCUUGGAACACCAACGUACCCACACGGGCGAAAAACCUUUCCGGUGCGGUCAAUGCGGCGCCCGUUUCAGCCAGAGCUCCACGUUGGUACAUCACCGGCGGACCCACACCGGCGAACGGCCUUACGGCUGCCCCGAAUGCGGCCGGGCUUUCGGUCGCAAAUCCACGUUGGCCACCCAUCGGCGGACCCACACGGGCGAACGACCUUACGGUUGCCCCGAGUGCGGCCGGCGUUUCGCCGUCAGCUCCGAUUUGGCUAAACAUCGACGCGGGGCUCACGGGGGUCACCGGUGCCGGGAUUGCGGCCAGCACUUCCCUCGCCCGGCGGCUUUGGCCGGCCACCGCAAGAAGCACCACGGCGAAGAAGAAGAAGAAGAAGAAACCGCCGGCGACGCCGGUGACGCCGAGGCCCAGGCCCCGGAGCGGCCUCACCGUUGCGAAGAAUGCGGCCGAACCUUCCGGCACGGCGCCACUUUGCUCCUCCAUCGCCAAACCCACGCCGGCGCUUUCCCUUGCCCUCUCUGCCCCGAACGUUUCGAAGGGAGCGCCCAACUGGCCCGUCACCGCCGGCGCCGUCACGGCCCGGUGACCAAACCCUACCGAUGCGAAGCUUGCGGCAAAGCUUACGCUCAACCCGCCGGGCUCCGGCAUCACCAACCCGAGCAACCGUUGGGUUGUCCCCACUGCGGGGCCGCUUUCCUUUGGAGUUGCCGCUUGGCCCGUCACCUCCGGGCUUGUCGUCCCCCCGUCAAACCCUACAAGUGCCCCGAAUGCGGCAAAGCCUUCGGCCAAAGCUCCAAGCUCUUGCGGCACCAGGUCACCCACACCGGCGAGAAACCCUACAAGUGCCCCGAAUGCGGCAAGAUCUUCAGCCAAAGCUCCAACCUGGCCGAACACCGGCGGACCCACGGGGCGGGCGAGCGGCAUUUCUGCCCGCUCUGCGGCAAAGGCUUCGCCUUGGGCUCCUACUUGGCCAAACACCGCUUGACCCACACCGGCGAGCGACCCUACCGCUGCACCGAAUGCGGCAAAGCCUUCCGGCAAAGCUCCAACCUCAUCCAACACCAACGCACCCACACGGGCGAGCGACCCUACACCUGCGGCCUCUGCGGCAAGAGCUUCUGCCAAAACUCCCACCUGGCCAAACACCGCCGCACCCACACCGGCGAACGGCCCUACCGCUGCGGGGACUGCGGCAAGAGCUUCCGGCAAAGCGCCAACCUCCUGGAACACCGGCACACCCACACCGGCGAACGACCCUACCGCUGCGCCCAGUGCGGCAAGACCUUCGGCUGGAGCUCGGCCUUCAGCAAGCACCAGCGCACCCACCUCGGGGGCAGGAGGCCGCCCAAGCCCUACCGCUGCACCGAGUGCGGCAAGACCUUCGGCCAGAGCUCCAACCUCAUCGAGCACCAGCGGACCCACACCGGGGAGAGGCCCUUCACCUGCCCCCAGUGCCAGAAGAGCUUCGGGCGCAGCUCCACCUUGGCCGAGCACCUCCGGACCCACACGGGGGAGAAACCUUACGCCUGCCCGGUUUGCUCGCGGGCCUUCAGCCGGAGUUCCACCUUGACGGAACAUCGACGGACCCACACGGGCGAGACCCCUUACGCUUGCCCGGAAUGCGGUAAAACCUUCGGCCGGACCUCCAAUUUGGUGAAACACCUGCGGACCCACACGGGGGAGAAACCGUACGGUUGCGGGCGUUGCGGCAAGACCUUCAGCCUCAGCUCCAACCUGGUGAAGCACGAGAGGACCCACACGGGGGAGAAGCCGUUCUCCUGCGGGCAGUGCGGCAAACGCUUCAAGAAGAAGACCCACCUGGCGUCCCACCAACGCACCCACACCGGCGAGCGGCCCUACCGCUGCGGGGAGUGCGGGAAGGCUUUCGGGCAGAGCUCCACCCUCAUCGAGCACCAGAGGACCCACACGGGGGAGAGACCUUUCCGUUGCGGCGCCUGCGGCAAGAGCUUCUGCGUCAGCUCCAACCUGGUCAAGCACCAACGCAUCCACACCGGGGAGAAACCCUACGGCUGCGGGGCCUGCGGCAAACGCUUCCGCUACAAACCCCAGUUCACCCGGCACCUCAAGGGUCACCCCCACCACGGGGACCCGGCCUGCGGCCCGUAGGAGGGACCGCCACGCUCAGGGGAUGGCCAGCGGCGUGGUGGCCCCAGCAGGAGCUAAGGAAGGAGCUUGGGAAGAUGGCGCGGUGGCCACCACGCUGUGGUAGAACCUCCCGUGGGGCCUGUAGGAGGCUCGGAGCCAGACUUGGGGACACUUUGGGGACUGCCCAGGACGGGACGGGGUGGUGGCACCUCCAUGGUGGGGUCCAUCGUCAUGGUGGCCCCAGCAGGACGUAACGAAAGAGCUUUGGAGCACGGCACGGUGGCCACCACGCUGUGGUAGAACCUCCCAUGGGGCCUGUAGGAGGCUCAGAGCUGGACUUGGGGACACUUUGGGGACUCCCCAGGACAGGACGGGGUGGUGGCACCUCCAUGGUGGGGUCCAUCGUCAUGGUGGCCCUGUUAGAACCUAACGGAAGAGCUUGGGAGCACGGCACGGUGGCCACCACGCUGUGGUAGAACCUCCCGUGGGGCCCGUAGGAGGCUCGGAGCUGGACUUGGGGACACUUUGGGGACUCAUCGAGACGGGACAGGGUGGUGGCACCUCCAUGGUGGGGUCCAUCGUCGUGGUGGCCCCAGCAGGACGUAACGGAAGAGCUUGGGAGCACGGCACGGUGGCCACCACGCUGUGGUAGAACCUCCCGUGGGGCCUGUAGGAGGCUCGGAGCUGGACUUGGGGACACUUUGGGGACUCAUCGAGACGGGACAGGGUGGUGGCACCUCCAUGGUGGGGUCCAUCGUCAUGGUGGCCCCAUCAGGACCUAACGGAAGAGCUUGGGAGCACGGCACGGUGGCCACCACGCUGUGGUAGAACCUCCCAUGGGGCCCGUAGGACACUUGGAGCUGGACUUGGGGACACUUUGGGGACUCAUCGAGAUGGGACGGGGUGGUGGCACCUCCAUGGUGGGGUCCAUCGUCAUGGUGGCCCCAUCAGGACCUAACGAAAGAGCUUGGGACCACGGCACGGUGGCCACCACGCUCUGGUAGAACCUCCCAUGGGGCCCGUAGGAGGCUCGGAGCUGGACUUGGGGACACUUUGGGGACUCAUCGAGAUGGGACGGGGUGGUGGCACCUCCAUGGUGGGGUCCAUCGUCAUGGUGGCCCCAUCAGGACGUAAUGGAAGAGCUUGGGAGCACGGCACGGUGGCCACCACGCUGUGGUAGAACCUCCCGUGGGGCCUGUAGGAGGCUCGGAGCUGGACUUGGGGACACUUUGGGGACUGCCCAGGACGGGACGGGGUGGUGGCACCUCCAUGGUGGGGUCCAUCGUCGUGGUGGCCCCAUCAGGACGUAACGGAAGAGCUUGGGAGCACGGCACGGUGGCCACCACGCUCUGGUAGAACCUCCCAUGGGGCCCGUAGGAGGCUCGGAGAUGGACUUGGGGACACUUUGGGGACUGCCCAGGACGGGACGGGGUGGUGGCACCUCCGUGGUGUGGUCCAUCGUCAUGGUGGCCCUCUUAGGACCUAACAGAAGAGCUUGGGAGCACGGCACGGUGGCCACCACGCCGGGGUAGAACCUCCCGUGGGGCCCGUAGGAGGUUCGGAGCUGGACUUGGGGACACUUUGGGGACUCCCCAGGACGGGACGGGGUGGUGGCACCUCCAUGGUGUGGUCUAUCGUCGUGGUGGCCCCAUCAGGACGUAACGGAAGAGCUUGGGAGCACGGCACGGUGGCCACCACGCUGUGGUAGAACCUCCCGUGGGGCCCGUAGGAGGCUCGGAGCUGGACUUGGGGACACUUUGGGGACUCCCCAGGACAGGACGGGGUGGUGGCACCUCCAUGGUGGGGUCCAUCGUCGUGGUGGCCCCAUCAGGACGUAACGGAAGAGCUUGGGAGCACGGCACGGUGGCCACCACGCCGUGGUAGAACCUCCCGUGGGGCCCGUAGGAGGCUCGGAGCCGGACUUGGGGACACUUUGGGGACAACCAGGACGGGACAGGGCGGUGGCACCUCCGUGCCAUGGGCCAUCACGCUGGCGGCCUCGUUAGGGCUUAACGAAGGCGCCUGGGGCCUGGUGGCCCGUGGCCCGGCUCGGUGGCCACCAGGCUUGAACCCCCCACCUUGGGGCCACCUUGGGGACACCUUCGGGACACCUUGGGGACACCCCCCCCCAUCCCUCGUUGUGUCACCCUCGUUAGCGCAAUAAAGGCUUUGGAGUGUCA